AUGUCCAUCUCUGGCGCCCUCAGCAAUUACUACGUCGACUCCAUCAUCAGCCACGAGGGCGGCGAUUCCCCCUCCCCUAAAUUCGCCCCCGCGCCCUUCGCGGCGCCCCGAGCCCCGGGCGAGCCCCUCGAGUUCCCCUCGUGCAGCUUCCAGCCCAAGGCGGCGCCGUUCGGGCCCUCCUGGGCCGCGCCCCCGCUUUCCCCCGCGUUCCUCCCGCAGCCCUGGCUGGAGCCCGGGCCCGGUCCGGCCAAAGCCGAGCCCAGCCGGGCCCCGGACGCGCCCAGGGGCGGCUUCGGCGCGGAGCAGCCGCGGGACGCGCUGGGCAUCGGCCCCGAGCCGCGGAGAGCAGGCGGCGGCUUCCAGGACCAUAAACCCGGCGGAGGAAGCGAGGACAAAGCCGGCCGAGAUCAAACCAACCCCGCCGCCAGCUGGCUGCAGGCGCGCUCGUCGCGCAAGAAGCGCUGCCCGUACAGCAAAUUCCAGACGCUGGAGCUGGAGAAGGAGUUCCUGUUCAACAUGUACCUGAGCCGCGAGCGGCGGCACGAGGUGGCGCGGCUGCUCAACCUCAGCGAGCGCCAGGUCAAGAUCUGGUUCCAGAACCGCCGCAUGAAGAUGAAGAAGAUGAACAAGGAGCAGGGCAAGGAGUGA